UAUCAGCAUGAGGAACCAGUGAGCACUGCCGGGAUUAUCCUUCCUAGAACUGUAAAUUUCAGAAGAAAUUUCAUCUGCGGAUUCCUCUGCAUCAGAGUGCUAUUUGGCAGUGUGGGCCACAGAAGAGGUCACUGUAUUCAUUAUGAAGUUCUUAUUCAAUCCAAGACUGGCCCUAAUUCUGCUACUCUUUGCUUUGGUCAUAUUUUCUUACUUCUGGAAUAAGUCAGAUUUUUCUCUACUAAAAACUCAACAAACAGAUAUUGCCCUUCCAAAAAAGCAAAACGAGAUUCUUGUCCUGGUUUGGGUCUGGCCUUUUGGGGACCACUUCCCUUUGGACAGAUGCCAGGCAGAGUUUGGUAUCUCAGACUGCAAACUAACAGCAAACCGAAAUCUCUACAGUAUUUCUGAUGCCGUGGUCAUGCAUCAUGUAGAUAUCAUGUACGAUAAAAAAUCACUGCCCCAGGAGCCAAGACCUCAUUUCCAGCAUUGGGUUUGGUUUAACAUGGAGCCACCACUAAUCAUCAAAAACCUACAAAGACUGGAUGGCCUUUUUAACAUGACAUUGACAUUUCGUAAGGAUGCAGAUAUCUUCAGACCCUAUGGUCAGAUAAUAGCCUUUAAAGAGCCACAAAAUAUCACCAUCCCGACCAAAUCCAAACUGGUGUCUUGGGUAGUUAGUAAGUUCUACCCUGGUGUCUGGAGGACAGCAUAUUAUGAAGAACUGAAAAAAUAUAUUCCAAUUGAUGUUUAUGGUAAAGGACACAUUGCGCUGACGUGGGAUGACUUCCAUAAGACCAUUUCUCAGUAUAAAUUCUACUUGGCUUUUGAGAAUUCGAACUUUAAAGAUUACAUCACUGAAAAACUCUGGUCAAAUGCAUUUGGUACAUGGACCUUGCCAGUUGUGCUAGGAACCUCCCGUGAGAACUAUGAACGUUUUGUCCCUGGUGAUGCUUUUAUUCAUGUCAAUGAUUUUUCAAGCCCAAAGGACCUGGCAAUGUACCUUCUUGAGUUGGACAGAGAUGAUGAGAAAUAUAAAAAGUAUUUCAACUGGAGAUCUCGAUAUUAUGUUAAGACUGGGGGUGGGUGGCAAAUUAGUUACUGUCAGGUUUGCUCGGCCUUAAAAAAUGGUCCUCAUUACCAAGCCAUUCCUAGCAUAGCAAAAUGGUUUCUGGAAAAUGGCACCUCUUUGUAAAGAUCUACCAGCAAAUUAUCAAAAACUUCAAACUUCCUAUUUUUUUUUUACUUGAACCCUUAUUUAUUUACUUAUGUAAGAAAAAA